AUGAACAAGUUGUCGUUCCUGACGACCGAUCAGAUUGAUGAUGGUGACAUUAGGACGAGAAAUUUGUUCAACUUUGAAAGGGCCUUUCCAUUGGGCAGUGCUGAAUUGGUCUGCAAAACUAUCGGUGGCGUAAGAUAUGGUGGUUGGCAGUUGGUGGACGAUAUCACUCCAAGUGAUUGGAUGUCUUCCAUAUGCAACGAAAAAUGGGCUGUAUCCUGUAGUGUCAUUUAUGGUGGUGUUAUAAGCAAAGACGAUAGAUUGUUGUUGCAAACCGAAGCAAAAAAAAGAAUGUCGUCUCCAGCACCAAACAGAAGUGGUGAAACAAUAGGGUGGUCCUGUGCAAUAGCAAGGGACAUAGAACAGCUAAUGUGUGUAGCGGACGACCUACAUGCACUACGGCGAAUUAUGCCGUUAGCAGCGAGAGAAGUGAGGUUCAGUCGGGUCAGCGACUGGACCAUAAUGAAGGAGGAAACCGUUCUCUCGUAUUUGGUAAGAGAGGAGGUGGAAAGAACGAUGAUAGAAAUUCAGAGGGAUCGCACUGUUAAAGUAACAGUGAUAAUAAAGGACAAGGAGAUUAUGAAAAGUUGUGUUCUAGUUAACACAAAGUUGGGGGAUUAUAAAUGUUGGGCAAAGAGAAAAGAAGACAAAUCGCUGAGGUGUCCCUCUCGUUUGGUGGACUAUGGCUAA